UCGUAAAUCGCCAUCCUGCUUUCGUUUCCUUUUGGUUGUCGCGUCGUCGCUGAGUUCUGAAACCCAAAGCCCCCUUCCCCUUCCUUUCCCCGGGCUGAACCACCUCGAGAAAGAGUAAAGCCAGAGAGAAAGGUACACCCCACCGAAUCCAACAACCGAGAAGGAGGAGGAGGGAGGGAGCGAGCGAGCGAGCGAGCGAGAGCGCUGACGAUGCAGCAGGCGAUGUCCUUGCCCCCGGGAGCGGUCGGCGCGGUGUCCCCGCCGGCCGGCAUCACCACCGAGCAGAUCCAAAAGUAUUUGGAUGAAAAUAAGCAACUUAUUUUGGCCAUCCUUGAAAAUCAGAACCUAGGAAAGUUGGCUGAAUGUGCUCAAUAUCAAGCUCAGCUCCAAAAGAAUCUCUUGUAUCUAGCUGCUAUCGCGGAUGCCCAACCACCACAGAACCCUGCAAGUCGCCCCCAGAUGGUGCAGCAGCCUGGUAGUAUGCAAGGUGCAGGGCAUUACAUGUCACAAGUACCAAUGUUCCCUCCAAGAACGCCUUUAACCCCACAGCAGAUGCAAGAGCAGCAGCACCAGCAGCUUCAGCAGCAGCAAGCCCAGGCCCUUUCUUUCCCCGCCCAGAUGGUCAUGAGACCAGGCACCGUCAACGGCAUGCAGCAGCCUAUGCAAGCAGCCGGCGACCUCCAGCCAGCAGCAGCACCCGGAGGGAGCAAGCAGGACGCCGCAGUGGCUGGGGCCAGCUCGGAACCAUCUGGCACCGAGAGCCACAAGAAGGCGGGAGCAGAGAAGGAGGUGGGCGCUGAUGUAGCAGACCAAUCCUAAGCUAUUAGUGUUAGGCAAACAUAACGCCAUGUAUUAUGUAUACUAUAAGAAAGAAAGAAAGCUCGUCUUACCUGUCGUUCUGUCCGGGAUUGUCAUCUCACUCACUCUAAAUUGUUGUAGGCUUGUACUAGCAAUUGUGGAAUAACUCGCAAGCCCUUUGUCCAAGUCAGAUGAUUUACCUUUUGUUUA